UAAACAAUGUUGCAUUAUAUUUUUUUUAUGAAAUAAAUGAUAAUAAAUAAUUAGUUAUUGAUUUUAACAUUCAUAAUAGAUAAUAAAAAAAUAUUAAUUUUAUUUAGUAAUAAUAAUAAACAUCAGGUGGCGUAAUUCAUACUUUUUCAAGGUGGAAGUUACCAUUUAAAAGAUUAGUUUGUAUCGUAUCUGAUUGGUGAAUGAUAAGCAAAAAAGGAGAAAAUACAUAACAAAUUGUGAUUUUUUUAUUUUUCAUAAUAUUCAUAAAUCGCAUAAACAGAAAUAAUAUAAUCAAUUUAUAAUAAUUUUGUGACAAUUAAAUAAAAAAUGAAUGAAUGGUAUAUUUAAUCUAUUAAUCAGAAACAGUGUGACUGUGUGACACUUGUAAGAUCGUUGUCAGUUAAUUAUGGGGGUUGUUUAAAGGGUUAACACGUACUUAAAAGCAGUGAACACAAUGAUAAAUUUGUUUGUAAUAAUGCACGAUAGGUAUUAUUUUAUGGAAUGAGUUCUUUUCCUAUUUCGGUAUCUCUCUGCGUUAUUCGCGUCGAGGUUGUUGAUGAAGAUUCUGAAGAAUCAAAUGGCAUAAUGGCUGCUAAGAUGAGGGGUCGCAGAGAACCAACCAAAAUAAAUAUGGAAAAUUGCACAAACCUUACAGAAAAACAAGAUUCAGUACUUCCUUCUCAAGGAACUAGUAAAUCUAGCUCUACUUCUAGAGCUAAUUCUGAAGAAAAUACUUAUGAUGAUACAGAGAUAGCUGGUGCAAGUGCUUGUGCCUGUGAUCAAAUUAAUUUUAUCUCUGGAAAUCCAUUUGUUGAAGUAACCAAAGGAAUUAUACAUUUAUAUAAGGAAAACAAAUUAACUGAUAUACACCAUGCAGCAGAACGUACCCAAACUAUCUGCAUUCUCUCAGUUCCAGCUACAAUGACAUGUCAUGAUCUUUUAAGAUUUACAGCUCCUUGCCAUCAAGAUGUUCGACAUUUUAGGAUACUUAGAGAUGGCAGUCCUAAUCAAUAUAUGGCAUUGAUUACCUUUAAAUCUGCUAAUGCAGCAACAGAAUUUUAUGGUUCUUUUAAUGGUACUCCAUAUAAUUCUUUUGAACCAGAUGUCAUUUGUCACAUGGUGUUUGUGUACAGUGUAGAAGUAACAUAUAAUGCUAUGCCUUUAUCUGGACAUACAGAAUUACCACUUUGUCCAGUUUGUUUAGAGAGAAUGGAUGAAAGUGUUGAUGGUAUUUUGACAAUUUUAUGUAAUCAUACAUUUCAUGCAAGUUGUCUAGCUAAAUGGGGAGAUACUUCUUGUCCAGUUUGUAGAUAUGCUCAAACACCAGAAUCAUUUGCAGAUAGUUACUGCAUGGAAUGCAAUACUGGAGAAAGUAAUGAUGCUCUAUGGAUCUGUCUUAUAUGUGGACAUAUAGGUUGUUCACGAUAUCAUCAAGGACAUGCUUUUCAACAUUAUCGUGAGACACAUCAUUGUUAUGCUAUGCAAUUAGGAAAUAAUAGAGUUUGGGAUUAUGUAGGAGAUAACUUCGUUCAUCGAUUAUUACAAAAUAAAGAUGGAAAAAUGGUUGAAGGUGGUCCUACAGCAACUAAAGCUGAAGGUGCUGCAAUGGAAGAAAAAGUAGAUUCUGUACAGUUGGAAUUCACGUAUCUUUUAACAUCGCAAUUAGAAACUCAAAGACAAUAUUUUGAGGAUAGAUUAGCACGAUUAGAACAACAUUCUGUGUUACAAACUACAGAACUCAGAGAAAAAUUAAGUCAAGUAUCAGAAGAAAAUGCCAAAGUUAAGGAACAAUUAGCAAUAUUAAGCCGAGAAAAGCAAAAUGUAGAUAAACGACUACAACAAGUUAGUAAUAAAUUGAUACAAGUACAAGCAGAACUAACUGAAGAAAAAGAAUUAAGAAAAGCAUUAGAGUUAAAUCAAGCCUCUUGGCAAGAUAAAUAUAAAAUUCUGCAAAAUGAAAUGACUGAAUAUCAAAAGACAAAACAAACAGAAGUAACAAAUUUAAAGGAACAAGUACAAGAUUUAAUGUUUUAUCUUGAUGCUCAAAACAAAGUAGAAAAUUCUGAAUUAAGAGAAGAAAUCGCUUCAGGUCGUAUAGUAAUUCCAGAAACUUCCAAUUCUGUUAAGAAGAAUACUCGACUUUCUAAAUCUCGUAAAAAACGUUAAUAUAAUUUACUGACAUUUUCUAUAAAAAAUUUAAUUUUGAAUCAUACUUCGAAAUUAAAAAUUGACUUUGUAUCUUUUUAAUUAUGUUAAAAUAAAUUACUGAUUUUUUUUUUUACUGAUUUUAAAUAAGAGCUUUAGUAUAUAAAUCUAUAAAAGUAAUAAUUAAUGUUAUAAAAUACUAACCUUUGUAAUUUCCAAAUAAAUUUUGAUAUUUAA